AUGCUGGACGAGUCUCUUGACCCUGCAGUUCUCGCCGUGCUGCCUCCUGGAAGUGAGGUUGUCGAUGUUCAUGAACACGGAACGGCGAGCUGGUCUUCGGGCUACAAGGUAGACGUGGAAGUGGAUGGAGAGGAAAAGGAGUACUUCCUUAAGGUUCUCCAACGGCACAAUCAUGUUGAGAUGGCUCGCGGCGAAUAUGAGAGCCAGAAGGCGUUGGCGGAGAUUUUGCCUGACAAUGUCGCCGUUCCGUUGGCCUUUGGGACUUUUCAGCUGGAUUCGUCCAAGUCCUUUUUUAUAACUCCGUUUCGUGAGCUCAUGGAUAAGAUAGCGACGCCCACAGCGCUCGCCGAACUCCUUAAAACUCUUCACACAACAUCCAGGUCACCUACAGGAAAAUUCGGCUUCCAUGUCCAGACGUUCAAUGGGGUCGUGCCCGUCAUCAACGAUUGGUGCGAUAGCUGGGAAGCUUGGUUCACGCGCCAGUUCAAGGCCGAUAUCCUCUGGGAGCAGAGUGUCUGCGGGCGUGAUCCAGAGUUCGAUGCUGUGGCAGACGAAUUCUUUGCCAAGGUGAUUCCCAGGCUCCUACGUCCACUUGAAACCGGGGGAAGAUCUAUCAAACCUUCUCUGUUGCAUGGAGACAUCUGGCACGGGAAUUGCCAAAUCGAUGCAGAUACGCAAAAGGUCAUCCUGUUCGACUCUUGCUGCUGCUACGGCCACAAUGAACUUGAUCUUCACAUGAUGAGGGAGCCGCGAUACAAGUUCUCUGAGAAACAAAGACACUUGAUAGAAUACAAGCGUAUCGUCGGCGUCUCAGAGCCCGUGGAAGACUUUGAUGAUCGAAACGCCCUUUAUGCGAUGCGCGACAACAUCAUCAAUUCAGGGCUUCACGAACAUCGGAGGUUCCUUCGGCAAAAGGUUAAGGAAGAGAUGCAGAGGCUCCUUGCAAAAUACCCAGAAGGGUUUGAAGGUUUUAAAAGGUCGAGAGGAAGCGAGUAUCCUUCGAAACCUCGUCCUGGCAAGGAGAAGUUGUUGUGCGCAAUACUUUGGGUUACUGCCCUACUGGCGCUUGUUACCAGCUACUACGUAGCAACGCUGGGAAGACCUUUCGAAGUCAUAAAGUUCCCUUCAUCUCAUCAGGGCCCCAAGCUGGACUUCGCUAUACCUGAAGACAAAGCGAUGGAAGAGGGAGUGGAUGAUAUUGUGAUUGGGUAG